CAUGACCGGAAGCAGGAAAUGAAAGAGUGUUGUUUACUAAUACGAAAGUUGGCGACUGUACAGCUACUUUAAAAUAUACGAGUUGUAUUUUUCUCAAAUGUAUUGAUUAAGUACAGAGCUUUUUGAAAAGUCCAAUGAUAAGAACAGAUGUUGGAGGAUCUGUCAUGACAUCCUGGCAUUAUGGCAGGUGAUGUGGAAAAACUAUCUCUUCGUCGUCUAGAGCUUCCCAUUCAGAAGUUUAUAAAAGUUGCAAUUCCCACUGAUUUGGAACGACUGAAAAAGCAUCAGAUUAAUAUUGAAAAGUACCAACGCUUCAAACAGUGGGAGAAACUGCAUCAAGAGCAUAUCAAUGCCAGGCGAACUGUUCAGCAACUUAGGGCCAACGUUAGGGAGAUGGAGAAACUGUGCCAACGGGUGAGAGCUGAAGAUGCACUGAGCUUGGAAAAGAUUAUCAACCCAAUUAGAGAGCAGGCCUCAUCUGCUGUGACAGAGUUCCUCAGUCUUCAUGCACAGUCAUCAGAGCAGCUCAGUUUACAGGACAUUGAUGUCAAUAGUCUCAACUCUCCAUUAACCAGAUCCCAUACAACUGAAGGCAUGUGUUUGGGUGAUCCUAGUGUCCUGGAUAGUGUAUCCCAUCCUUUGGCUCAGGUUCAGCUACCUCUCCCAGAAAUCCCAGAAGAUCAGAAUGCAGCUGAAUCUUGGGAAACACUUGAAGAGGACUUAAUGGAACUAAAUGGACUGGUGAAUGAAUUCUCCAUGCUGGUUCAUUCUCAACAGGAGAAGAUUGACAGCAUUGAAGACCAUGUCAACAGCGCUGCUGCGAACGUUCAAGAGGGAACCAAGAACCUUGGGAAGGCUGCUAAGUACAAGUUGGCCGUGCUGCCUGUGGCUGGAGCCCUGAUUGGAGGUGUGGUGGGUGGCCCCAUAGGCCUUUUGGCUGGCUUCAAAGUAGCAGGUGUGGCAGCUGCUGUCAGUGGCGGCAUUUUGGGCUUCGCAGGUGGGAACUUCAUCCAAAAGAGACGUAAGCAACAAAUUGAAGUCAAUUUGAAGCAACUGUCAUCCAGCUGCCCAGACCUCAAGUGCCAAAGUGAAAAGAAAUGUUAACGGAUGGCUGCAUUCCUCUUGGGAAAUGGGGUCUGCCAGCACCAAAGUGGGGUGUUCUUGGACUGUCCAACUGUCAACUGCCAACUGUGAAGUGCUGAAUAUUGAAUUUGUUUUGUGCAAUAAACAUCCUGGGGAAGAGCCUUCAGAAUGUGGAGCUGCAAAAAGUAUGUAUCUGAGGAUGACAGGAUUUUCCUCAAUUAACAGGUUUUUAAAAAAGCACAUAAAAAAUGCCAGAAAAGACUGUUGUACAAACUUCAUUCAUCUGGGAGAAGAGGAGGAACUUCCCCGAUUAUACAGAGUUUUAUAGAGUCUGCCCAAGUUAAGCACACGUGGCCUGGAUGAAAAGCACUGGGAGACGCGUUAGCUGUAAUACUAUAAAAGGCAGCUAAGAAUCGAGUUAAGAUUUUUAAUUAUCUUGUGAAAAUAUUUCAUUACUAUGAAACAGUGAAAACCUUUAAGGAUUGGUAGUGGUUUGUUUUUAACAUUUCCUAAAUAAAAUGUUUAUACACACCUUUAGUACAAAUUUAAGGAUGUUCAUUUUGUAAUUGUGAACUGAUAAGCUAACAACUAAAAUUCUGAGUAACAGUUAAUUACAAAAUGAUUGUUGAAGAGCUCUGUAUGCGUCGCAUUCAUUUGGAAUGAUGACAAUACGGCUGCUUCCAUCCUAAUGUGCUUGUAUGUGCUUCCUCUGACAUGAUCACGAUUGCAGUAUAGUGUACAUCACAAAUAGCCGGAGUUCUGGAAGGUGUUAUCUAAUUGAAAAUUAUCACCCAUUUAAUCCAAACUAUUAGAUCCAGUAAUACCGUUUUUUUAUUAAGUGUUUUCCUUGUUGUGGUCUGGAGUGACAUUGUGAUUUUCAGUCCAACUAAUGCGUCAAGCAGAGGCCAGUUUCUGCCUUAAGUAAAUACUUGUUUCCUGUUUCUAAAUAGCAAACACUUUUCAUUUAAGAACAUGUAUACAAGUUCAGUGUUUUUUUCAAGUAAUGAAAAUCUUUCUCAAACAUCGGCAAAUGGAUGUGUGAGCAUUUGGGAUUUUCCAUUGUAGGAUGAGUCCUUAAUAAUAAUCUUUACAUUUAUAUAGCGCUUCAGUGACAGGUGAGCCACUUCAACCACCACUAAUGUGUAGCAUCCACCUGGAUGAUAUGAUGGCAGCCAUUUUUGCUCCAUUAUGCUCACCACACAUUAGCUUUUAGGUAGUGAAGUGAUGAGAGAGCGCCAAUCAGAGUCAGGGUAUGAUUAACAGGGCCAGAAGGACCAGGCCAUGGAGGGCAAUUUAGUCUGGACAUUGGGAUACACCACACUCUACGAAGGAUGCUCAGGGAUUCAAGACCUUGGUUUUAUGUCUCAUCUGAGAGACAGUGCCAUUUCUGAGGGGAUUUGGGACCCUCAUUCAGACCACAGUGUAAGCACCUCCUGCUGGCCUCACCAACACUUCUUCCCACAGCAACCCAAGCUUUUUCUUGGUUGGUCGCCCAUCCAAGUACUGGCCGGGCCUGAACACGCUUAGCUUCAGGUGGAUGACCUCUUCUAGAGUGCAUGUGGUAUGGCUGCUAUUGAUUAUACAGUAGUUGUUAUUAUAGAUAUUGAGUAAACUUUGUAUAAAAAAUGCAAAAAUACCAUUUUUUCUGGCACCUCCUUUCCCACCAGAUAAACUAGAGUAAAGGUUCUAGGAUAUAACAGCUUAUUUGGAAUACAAAAUGGUACUUGCAUCAAAAAUACACAAGUGUUAAUUAAAAUGUAUGAACUGGCAGCAUUGUAAUUUAGCAGGGCUUUCCACUAACGAUGACCUCUGAUUAACUUAACCAGCCACCCCAGUUUUCCCCUGAAGCAGCACUGAGAGCCACUGAAUUGGCUUAUCAGUUCACAAUUAAUCAUGAAAAAUAGAAGCAAGGCGAGGCUAUUCUGUGAGAAGAAUCUGAGACAGCCAGAAUACUGUCCCUUAAAUUGUUGAGCUGGCCCUUCAUGGAUGCUGUGUGUGUCUUCAAUCAGAUGGAUCCUAAAUGAAUGAGGGUAAAUGCACAGCUGAGACAUGUCCAAGUGCUUGUCAGGCCUAGCGGAGGAGCCCUGGGGUUUUUUUUUUUUUUUUUGCAGCCGUUGCUUAGGUUUGCUUUCUGCAGAACCUUUACCUUCUGGUCUCUAAAUGGUGACAUCACAUGACUUUCAGUGGUUUCUUCAAAUUUACAUCUUUUUCCCUUUGCCAGCCCACACCAGUGUAUUAAAGGGCAGCAGCAGUCUGAAACUCAAAGCUGAGUGGCACUAGGUGAUUCUGUAAGCCAGGGGGACAAUGCCUGAAAUGGCCUACCUACCCAAGGAGAUGGCUUGGUUCUCAUACCCAACACUAUAUGCGUCUAAGUUUUUAAUAUAUUUAACAGGAGUGUUAUUUGCUAACCAGAAUGUGUUGCUUUUUUAUAGCUUGAUUUGUUGAGAACCUUCAUAAGCACAUAACAAAAAUGAGGUGGUCCUCUGUAGAAUGUAUUGUUCUGUUUGUGAUCAUUCAUAAUUGACUAUUUUCUUUACCUGCCAAUUGCAAUGCAAAUAAGUGGAAUGAGUAAGAAGAAAGAAUAUAAAGGAAUCAGUUAUGGGUAAUUAUUAACAGUAAUGCACAGGACAGGAGGCUGAGCAAGAAGCUCGUCUGCUGCUAUGUCACAGAGACCCUCCGAGUGGCCUGUUUUGCCCUUGUGGUUGGCUUCACUAAAUAAGAAUGGUGUGUUUAACCCAAACGAGUCAAGUUUUGAGUCUUGCUACUGUUGUCUUGGGCAAAUUACACAGCAUUUCUUUAAAUGUAAAAAUGACAUCUGGGAACUUCCACAGGCCUUCACCUGCACAUUUUUGGCUUGCAGACUAUAAAUGCAUACGCAGUUGUGUUGAGUUCUGUGUAGAGUCUGUAGAAGUGGUUUGCACAGCCAUCUUAUCUCUCCUGAAAACUCCCCAGGAGGAGGACUAAUGUUGUAGGGGCAGGCAGGUCUAGACUGAGCAAGUUAGUUUACCGCCACUUCAACCCUUGGCAGGAAAA